AAAGGAGUGCAUACCGAAUCGUUCAAGUGUUCGGACUAGAGCUGGCAAAACGAAUUUUGCAUUGAGUUUAAUAAUUGGUGAAAUAGUAAAAUGGACCGUAGAAAAAGAAAUAAAUCCAGGCUUCGGCUUUCUGCCAGAAGAAAGAAAAAUAAAAAUUUGGCGAAAUAUAAUCAGUCACGGCUUGCGGGUUUGCCUUAUCUAAACAAGAGUAUUUUAACUGGUUUAGAUGCAAUCGCCACAAAUACAGGUGGAUUAGUGAACGAAACAACCAACAAUGCUGAUGUUACAUAUUCUUCUUCAUCCAAUGACUUGAGCUCUGAAGCCACAUCAUCGGAAAAUGCUGCUACACCACACACACAAGAACCACGUGAAUUAUCUUUGGAUGGAUCCCGAGUUGUUUAUAUCCAGCAAUUCCUAGAUUCUCUGAAAGAACUCUCCAAUCACUCCAAUAAUUCUGAAUGCAAUUUAUCUAAGAUGCGUUUGGUGGAGGAAAUAAAAACUGGAUUUCAGUCGAAAUUAGUUUUCGUAUGCGAUAUCUGUAUGUAUUCGAAAAUAAUAUCUACUUAUCCUGAACAUCCAGACGUACCUGAUAUAAAAACACCCUCUGUCAGUAAUGUGAUGAAUUGUGGUGGUGAUUAUACACAGCAGAAGAAAAUCGUCGAAGAUGGCCCAACACAAUUGAAACGUGUAUUGAAGAAAACUGCAGUUCCUUCACUACAAUUAGGUAGGAUAUCAAGAUCAGAAGAAUUGGCAAUAAAUUCAAGUGAAAAAAAAUUAGAUGAUUUAUCUGAUGGUAGUGAAACAUCUGAUUCAUCAAGUAUAGACAAUGGAAAUAUAUUGAUCAGGGGAGAUAACGCAGACUUGAGUAUUGUUAAGGAAGAGCCUUGUUCGCCCAAUGUAGAAGAGAGUGAGCAGCAAGAGGAGCCACAUUUUAUUAUAACUUCAGCAAUUACAGUAAAAGAGGAAAAUGAUCAUAGUGAUAAACCAAAUGGUAUUUUAGAAUCUGAAAAUGAUUAUUUCAGUAGAAAUCAUCUAGAAUACAGUUAUGAAAGUAGUCCAGAUCAUUUAAGAUCAAAAAGACUCAAACACGAUGAUACAUUAAUUGCCCCUGAGGAUAUUAAAGUUGAAACAUGUUCUACGUCCUUUACUUUCAAUUUUGACUGUAAUCUUUCCAUUGAAGUAAAAUAUGAAAGGCUUCUUGAUGAAUUUCUAAAGUUGAAAAGAGACUAUGACCUAUUAAAAUUCAAGUUCGAAAAACAAAGUGAAGCAAUAAGUAAAUGUGAACAUAUACUGAGUCAUGAUAGUGUAAAUACAAAAGGUAUCUUCAUUUCAAGUUGUUUGGUUAGAAAAAGUCUCAGAAUUUUGAGCCAUAAAUUAAAGGAAUAACAGAAGAGUUGGCAUAGACUAAAUAUCAACCAACAGAAUAGUUAAAACUGUAAGUUUUAGUAAAUCUCUAUUAAAAUUUGGAAACAUCUCAGAGACACCACAAUUUUCAUAGUUGAUAUGAUGAGAAGCGUGGAAUCUAAAGAAACGAAGAAAAUCCGUCCGAUUCUGUCUAAAGCUUCACAUACAUGUUACGUGAUUAUUUAGAGAAUCAGUUUACUAAUUUAGAAACGAGGGAGUCUCACAGAUAAUAUUCAUUGCAAGAUAGCAAAUAAAAGUUCUAAAAACGUG